GCGACUCCUCUUCCUCCUCCUCUUCGUCCUUCGCCUUUGGACCAACAGCUGCCACCACCGUUACCGGCUCCGCAGCCUCUUCGACAGCCGCCAUCUUCCCGGAAACGCCGCCGCACGUCAGCCGCGCCCCCUCACUGCCAUGAGUCUCUCCGGAGUGCAGAUCCCUUGGCGGUGGGGGCCACGUUCCCCCUUCCUCUAAAGCCUUCCCCAACCAUAUAAGGAGAGGCAGCUGCUGGGGGCGUUCCCAGGAUCUAAAGAUAGCAGUCCCCGGCUCGGAGUCCAAGUGCCACCGGGUAGCGGGGAGCCGCCAUGGCAAGUCUUCCCUCUCCCACCCCUAUGAAGCCCCACCGCAACUCCUCUGCAGGCAGCAUGCCCGGACGCUAUGGUACGACAGGCCCAAGUACGUGUUCAUGGAGUUUUGUGUUGAGGACAGCACUGAUGUCCACGUGCUCAUCGAAGACCACCGUAUUGUGUUCAGCUGCAAGAAUGCGGAUGGAGUGGAGUUGUACAAUGAGAUAGAAUUCUAUGCUAAGGUGAACUCCAAGGACUCCCAGGAUAAGCGCUCUGCUCGCUCCAUUACUUGCUUUGUGAGGAAAUGGAAGGAGAAGGUAGCCUGGCCCCGACUCACUAAAGAGGAUAUCAAGCCAGUGUGGUUGUCUGUGGACUUUGAUAACUGGAGGGACUGGGAAGGGGAUGAAGAGGUGGAGCUGGCUCAGGUGGAACAUUAUGCAGAGCUUUUGAAGAAGGUCAGCACCAAGAGACCUCCCCCUGGCAUGGAUGACCUGGAUGCACCUGAGUAUGGCUGCAUCAGAUGGCAGGAUAGGAGAGGAGUAGACUGGUGGGGCUCCUGACUUUCUACCAAUUGCCUGUAAUCUUUGUGUUUGGGCCAGUCAUCAGGGCUCUCUUGAGUAUUCGAGCAUGUGUAUAUAUGUGGUGGAGCAAAAGCCAAAGAAGCAGCAGAUAGGUUAUAAUAAAUCUGUAAGAACUGUUCUCUGUCUCUUUCCUUCUUGCAUUUCUUCCACCUGGAGGCAACCCUCUUCUACUCUAUUGUUCCUCUCAAGGGGAGGGGUGGGUGUCAUAGAUCCUGGUCCUCAUUGUUGAGAUUGGAAGCAGAAAGAUGUUGGGAGCAGGCUUGUAACCAAACUGGGGAAUUUUCCCAUGCCCAGCUCCUAUUUCUCAGACCAUACCCAGCCUUUUGCUAUAUUGCCGCCCCUAGAACCAUAUAUCUACUGACCCCUAGAACUAGCCAGAAACCUGCCUCAGCUUUCUGCAUACUCCCAAAAAUUUCUUUGUACUUUCAAAGCUAAUUGUUAUAUUAGCUGUUUACUGUUUACUCUUCUGUUUACUCUUCUGUUCAUCAGCUACCCCAUUCAUCCAUAAACAUUUUUUUUUAAAGAUUUUAUUUAUUUGUCAGAGCACAAGCAGAGGGAGAAGAAAGCAGAAGAAGAGGGAGAAGCAGGCUCCCCGCUGAGCAGGGAGCCUGAUGUGGGACUUGAUCCCAGGACCCUCGGAUCGUGACCUGAGCAGAAGGCAGACGCUUAACUGACUGAGCCACCCAGGCACCCCCAUAAACAAUUUUUGAAUGCCUAAUAUGUACUUAAACAAAUGCCAUACCCAGACUUUGCCCUUGAACUCAUGGUUAAGUACUGAGAUUUCUUUAAAAUAUUGAACUUUAAAGUUUAUAUUGGUAAUAUAUAGAUGUAGUUAAUAAUUAAAAUAGUAUAGAAGGGUAUUUGUUAAAGAUUUUUUUAAAAGAUUUUUUAUUUAUUGACAGACAGAGACAGCGAGAGAGGGAA